CACCAAACAUUAAACUUUACGUUUUAAUUGCAAAUUAUUUGUCUGCUGUCGUAUUUAUUCAUUGUUUCUAACCGAAUAUUGAAACGUGACAAAAGUGACAAAAUUCAGUAUCUGUUUAGUCUCGUUAUCUCAGUAUUAGUUUACAGCUUGAAUGUAAUGGACUUAGCUUAAUUGAUUUGUGAAUUUGUUUGGAAAUAUUAAAUUGAAUAAAUAUGGGUUUUGUUUUUACAUUUUUAAGUGUUAUUUUUAAUGAGUACUACAUACCUUCGGAACCAAUAAAGUUUGUCUUUGAAGUUCUGUUACUUCUACUGUGCAGCAUUCCAAGAAUUAUUAAAGCAAUCAUUUCGUACGUUUAUUUUCCACCAGAACCAAAAAAUGUCGAAGGGAAAUUAAUUUUGAUUACAGGGACCGCCCGGGGAAACGGCCGUGAAUUGGCCUUACAGUUUCACAGGUUGGGGGCGAAAAUUGUGUGCGUUGAUAAAGAUGAAGUGGGCAAUAAUGAAACGGUCGAUCGGAUCAAGGCGGAAGGCGGCCAAGCGGUGGGAUUUAAAGUGAAUAUUACCGACAAGGAGCAGGUAAUGAUGAUGCACGCGGCCGUGAGAGAUCAAAUGGGUCCCGUAGACAUUCUCGUUAACAAUGCCGCCGUGAUCGAGACGACAUUGUUCGCCAAUCCGGAAGCUGAUGAUACCAUAUUGGAAAUAGUCAACACGAAUUUACUAGGCCAAAUUUGGGUUAUCAGGGAAAUACUUCCAUCGAUGUUGGAAAGGAACAGUGGCCAUAUCGUAACAAUAUCAUCGAUGACGUCAUUCAAAGGGCUGCCUUUACUUUUCACUUAUUCUGCGACAAAAUUUGCUUUAAAUGGUAUGAUGGAAAGUUUAACUAGAGAACUUAAACUAAUGAAAUCGGACGUAGUUACCACAACGGUUUGUCCAUAUUUUAUCGCGAACUGUCCAGACAAAUCGAAAAGACGAAUAUUAAGACUUCCAGAACUACCAACAGAAGAUGCUUGUGCAUUGAUAAUCGAAGGAAUAUUACGUAAUGAACGAGUUUUUACGGUUCCCGAUUACGAAUUUUACGCUCUGCCAUUAAUAGAUUUUUUGCCUGAAGAUUUGCAAGAUAUGAUUGGCGACAUGGUGUACACAAAUGUCGAACCAACACCAGACGAAAAAAAAGUCAUWCAAAAAUAUACGAAAUUCGCGGAAAUGAACAAACCACAGAUCUCAAUGUUUGCGCCAUGUUUAAAAUCGGGUUGCUUAGUAGAUUAUUAAUUAAUAGGAAUAUAUAUAUCUUUAUCAUUGUUUAAAAAUAUUAUGUUCUGAAGAAUGUUAGACAAAAUAUCGAUAGAUAAUAGUUAUUAGCUUAAUCAAUUAUUGUCAAUUACAUUAAAUU